AUGCCCGUGUGCCCGCCAGGGGCGGCGAGUACCCUCGUCGCGGCGGCCGGUCCAGGGGCGGCGAGCCCCUCCCCGCUCCCCCCCGAUGGCCAUCCCCCUCGCGGCGGCGGCCCGUCCAGGGGCAGCGAGGCCCCCCGGCGGCUGCCCGUCCAGGGCGGCGAGUCCCUCGCGACGGUGGAGUCGAGGAGAGGGCUGGGGGAGCGGACGGCCCUGGCGGCGCUCGGAGGGGGCCGCUCCACUGGGGGCGCGACCGCGCGCCGGGGGAGGGGGGGUCGCGGACUCGCGACGCUGGGUCGUGGGGGCGGCGCGGCGCUGGGUUGGGGGCAGGGGCUCGGGAGGGUGCCGGGAUGGCGGCUGGGCUGCUGGGAGCCUGGGACUGGACUGGGACUGGGAGUCCGGAGGAAUGGAGGAAACCCUAAAGAUCUGAUAUAUAUAAAGGGUUAA